GGAUCUUUCUCCUUCUCCUUCUCCUUCUUCUUCUUCUUCUUCUUCUUCUUACUCUGUUUUCUCUUUAAUUCCUUCCAAAAGUUUCAUUCAACUCAACUUUUCAUCGUUCAUACGAUUCGUAAUCUUCACUACUUUCAGGCUCUUUUUGCAUGGGGUUUCCUUUUUCUCUCCCACGAAUCUUCUCAAUCUAACUCACACGAUAUCCAUUUCACUAAUUUCACUCUCCCACUUCUCUCUCUCUCUUUCAUAUAUAUACACUUUUUUUGGGUGGGAAAACAGAAGGGUAUUGGAGGAAUUGGGAGUGGCGGUGGUGGUGGUGGUGGCGGAGAUGGAGAUUGAGGCGAGCAAGUCGACGGGGAAUGGGGCGGUGGGGAUUGGGUUGAGUCCUUUGAGUGAGACGCUAUGGCGAGAGAAGACGAAUACGGAGAUUGUUGGGGAUGUUUCAGCGAGAUUGACAUGGAAGGAUCUGACGGUGAUGGUGAGUUUAAGCAAUGGAGAAGUUCAGAAAGUUUUGGAAGGAUUAACUGGUUAUGCUGAGCCUGGAACUUUCACUGCUUUAAUGGGACCUUCUGGUUCUGGAAAAUCUACUCUUCUUGAUGCUCUUUCUAGUCGUCUCGCUUCUAAUGCUUUCCUUUCUGGUACGAUUCUCCUCAAUGGACGCAAAACUAAGCUCUCCUUCGGCGCUGCGGCUUACGUGACUCAAGAUGAUAACCUAAUCGGCACAUUGACGGUGAGGGAGACGAUAGCCUAUUCAGCUAGGCUUCGUCUCCCGGACAAAAUGCCAUGGGAGGAAAAACGAGCUUUGAUAGAGAGCACCAUUAUCGAGAUGGGUCUUCAAGAUUGCGCCGAUACGGUCAUUGGGAACUGGCAUUUGCGUGGAAUCAGCGGCGGCGAGAAGCGGCGGGUUAGUAUUGCCAUUGAAAUUCUCAUGAGACCUCGAUUGCUCUUCCUCGAUGAACCCACUAGUGGACUCGACAGUGCUUCUGCGUUCUUUGUUACUCAAACGCUGAGAGCUUUAUCGAGAGAUGGAAGAACAGUGAUUGCCUCAAUUCACCAGCCGAGUAGUGAAGUUUUUGAGCUGUUUGAUCAACUUUACUUGCUUUCAGGAGGCAAAACUGUGUAUUUUGGUCAGGCUUCAGAGGCUUAUGAGUUCUUUGCUCAAGCUGGCUUUCCCUGCCCUGCUUUGAGGAACCCUUCUGACCAUUUUCUUAGAUGCAUCAAUUCAGACUUUGAUAAAGUGAAGGCCACUCUGAAAGGUUCUAUGAAAUUAAGGUUUGAAUCUAGUGAUGAUCCUUUGGAGAGAAUCACUACGGCUGAAGCUAUGCGAACUCUUAUCGACUUCUAUCGUUCAUCACAACACUGUUAUGCGGCACUAGAAAAAGUUGAAGAGAUGUCUAAAUUUAAAGGAACCGUGUUAGAUUUGGGAGGGAGUCAAGCUAGUUUCUUUAUGCAGGCGUUUACGUUGACAAAGCGUUCCUUUGUCAACAUGUCGAGGGACUUUGGUUAUUAUUGGCUCAGGCUUGUAAUUUAUGUUGUUGUAACAAUCUGCAUUGGAACCAUCUAUCUCAACGUUGGAACAGGCUAUAACUCCAUUCUGGCAAGAGGAUCUUGUGCAUCUUUCGUCUUUGGUUUCGUUACAUUUAUGUCGAUCGGAGGAUUCCCGUCAUUUGCCGAGGAUAUGAAGGUUUUCCAUAGGGAGAGAUUGAAUGGUCAUUAUGGUGUUGGUUCAUUUGUCAUCAGCAAUACAAUCUCAGCCAUGCCAUUCCUUAUAUUAAUCACCUUCCUUUCUGGAACUAUUUGUUACUUCAUGGUUCGCCUUCAUCCUGGCUUCGAGCAUUACUUGUUCUUUGUGCUGUGCCUUUAUGCUAGCGUCACUGUAGUUGAAAGCUUGAUGAUGGCCAUUGCCAGUGUUGUCCCCAACUUCCUCAUGGGCAUUAUCAUUGGUGCUGGAAUUCAGGGUAUUUUCAUGUUAGUUUCUGGAUACUUUAGGCUACCGAAUGACAUUCCGAAGCCAUUUUGGCGCUAUCCGAUGUCAUUUAUCAGCUUCCAUUUCUGGGCUUUGCAGGGUCAGUACCAAAAUGAUCUACUAGGCUUGUCAUUCGAUAAUCAGUCACCAAUUCUUCCAAAGUUACCGGGCGAGUAUAUCCUAAAAGUAGUGUUUCAAAUCGACUUGAACCGAUCGAAAUGGGUGGACCUCAGUGUUCUUUUUAGCAUGAUAGUAAUCUACCGUCUCAUCUUCAUCAUAAUGAUCAAGAUUAAUGAAGAUGUGACUCCCUGGAUCAGAGGAUACAUAGCAAGGAGAAGAAUGCAGCAGAAAAAUGGUAUCGUGAACACAACAGUUGCCCCAGAUGGUCUCACUCAGUCCCCUUCUUUAAGGAGUUAUGUUGCCAACCGUACGACGAGAACAAGUAGGAGGUAAAGCUGUGCUUCGUAACGGUAUCGAGUUCAUUUUCAUAUUAAUAUGACAAGAAUUUGCCUGUUUUAGUGCAGUUUCUUGCUACAUACAUAUAAAAGAAGUUUAAUGUUAGGAUUUGAAGUAAUUUAUAGUAAGACACUAUCGGUUUUUAUAUAAAGUGCUUUUUUACUGGAAGCCACCCCCAAUUUUCAUUGUGUUCAAGAUUCGACAAAUCCCAACGGAAUUGUUGUUAUAUGUAAUUAACAAAAUGGUCAUUUUCUUUAUAAGUA